ACCUCCUCCCUAAGAAUAGCAUCGUACCUAACCUGUAGGGCUCACGUCUGUGGUCACUUCAUUUCCAGAAACAUCCGGGAACACACCGAGGAGACUUUUUGGGUCAUCCUGCACAUGAUCGUCUAGAAUAUAUCAAUCUCCUCUCUCUCCCGUCGUCUAGUCGUCAUCUGCUGAUUAUCGUCGCACGGUUUCCCUUGUAUCAAAAAUCUUCGACAUCAUCCGCCACUAUAUCUCCUCUUCAUCACCGAUCCCGGCUGUAACAUCAUGUCUCCAACACUACUCGCACGCCAACCACACCAUUUUAUGGGACACGACAUGAGCCCACGAGACAUCGAAGAGUCCUCGCAAAGCCAGGAUUCCGUUCUCGUGCUGGUCCCCUGUGCCGUCCUGGGCGCCCUCGCCGCCGUAUCAGUCGGCGUAGGCCUAUUCUUCGGCAUCAAAGCCGAACGCGAGUUUCGCGAAGAGCGCAGACAAGAACCCCACCUCACUCGACGGGAGUUCCUCCGAAGGAGAAAAGCCUCCAAGUCGGGACCCCUGGACGACGACGACCACAUCGACUAUCUCCAGCAGAGCUCCAUGCUGCGCAAAUCCCUAGGGGGCCGCUCGUCGCGCUCCGCGAGCCAGAGCUCUGCUUCCGUCCGCUACCAUACCAGCCUUGACGGCCAACGCCCCGGCGAUGGCUCCUGGCCGCCCACGCUGAGAACCAACUUUGGCGUCUUCGACGAGGCCGAAUACAAGGAGCCACAUCCGGGCACCGAGAUCAAGAUUCCCAUGCCUCCCCCUUCUCCCCUCGACCCUUCCGACAUCCCUCAGCCUGCGCCCUGGCCUUUCACUGCCGCUUCUACACCUCCCACCGCCCUGUAUCCGACUAUGCCGCCGCAUCCUAACUCCGCUGGCCGGCCAUACCAUGGAGCAUCCUCUUCCGCUUCCACAUACAACAACUACUCAAUAUUUCCCCAACCUACACAUGGGGGCAACUGGUAAAACAUUACCAAGGCAAACCAAGAGCUACGAGCCCGCCUCGUACAUUUCUCUAUUAGUUCACUUUUCUUUUGUCCAUUUGCAUUACAGCGGGCGUUUGGGAUUUUUAGGAUAGUAUUUGCC